AUGGUUUUGUCAAUGAAGUAUAGUGUUUUCAACCAGUACGGUGUUAAACUCGGAUGGAUGUGGACAUGCUUGAUUGUUGGACCUUUUAUUUGGUUCUCUUCACGAGCCCAUCACAGAGACAAAGAUAAAUCCAUAAUCGAUGUUUUACGACUGGCAGUUGGGACAUUUUGCUGGUAUGCAAGCAUAUGGCAAUUCCAUCGAUUGAUGCAAUGGACCUCUCGCUGUGACCUCAGUAUUCGUUACUCUCGGACGAUGUGCAAGGAAAAAGGCGGUGUUUGGAUUCCAGGUUUUGACAUUUCUGGACACUGCUUUCUGUUGAUAUACAGCAUGUUGGUGAUGGCAGAAGAGGCCCAUGCUUUCCGAGAAUGGCAGCAAGUUGUUCACCGCGAUGAUGACUGUGGAAUUGUUAUGAGAGAAAAGCAAGAAAGACGAGUAAGGCUAGCACAGUACUUCGUUGUUGCUAUGCUCCUGCUAAAUAUUAUUUGGGUUGCCGGUGCAUUAGUGGCAAUAUUCUGGUGGUAUGUCACGUAUCACUUACUCUACCCGAAUGGAUUUCUUCAACCACCCAUACAUCGCACCAAGCCACUUACGAACAGGCGACGAUAG